AAUCUCAUUGGGGCGGGAUAGAUGCAGAAAUAUGAGAUCAUGACAAUGUUAGGCUUAUAAAUUGUCAGAGCUUUGGGUUGCUGGCAGACUGAACUCAGUGAAAGAAAGUGGGAUCCAAAACACAAGUGGAUUGAGGCAAACUGUAAGAAGCUCUUGUUAAAAAUAAUAUCAAGAUCCAAGGAAAAGUUUACCUUCUCUAGUGGAGUUUGCAGUACAAUUUUGGAAAUAUGUGUUGUUCAGGGUGUGCCAAGUGUGUUGGAGUUACUCUCAUUCCUCUAGUUAUACUAUGUAUUCUUGCCAAUAUUUUGUUAUUUUUUCCUGGGGGAACAAUUGAAACCAGCGACCAUAUUUCAGAUGAAGUUUGGUACUUUGGAGGAAUUUUGGGUUCUGGUAUACUGGUGGUGUUUCCUGCUUUGAUCUUUUUGGGUCUUAAGAAUAAUGAUUGUUGUGGAUGCUGUGGAAAUGAAAGCUGUGGAAAAAGAUUUGCUAUGUUUACUUCUAUAAUAUUUUCAGCAGUUGGGAUUGUGGGAGCUGGAUACAGUUUUAUUGUGUCAAUUGUCGCUUUGAACAAAGGGCCCAAGUGUAACACUGCUAGCAAUAGUACCAUCUGGGCCUAUCCAUUUAAAGAUGGGGAUUACCUUGGGGAUCAUAAUUUAUGGAACUAUUGCCGGUCACCAGAAUCCAUUGUGCCCUGGAAUCUGACCCUCUUCUCUCUGCUGCUGAUAAUGAGUGGACUUCAACUGGUCUUGUGUGCCAUUCAGGCAAUCAAUGGUCUCUUUGGAACUAUGUGUAAAUGUUGUGGGUGCUGUGGGGGAGAUGGAACAGUUUAAAGAAGAUGAUUGCAAUAUAUCAGCUGUGAUAACGCAGAAAAUCCCUUCCUAGACUUUCCUCUUGAUAUGAUGGGCCGAGUGCCUUUACAUGAAACAGGUCCAGAAUGAGGGGUCUUUUCUCAUGAUAUAGGAGAACCACUUUUCCCUUCCUGAGCUUAUUUCUCCUGUUGGGCUAGAGCGUAUUUAUUUUUAUAAUAAAUUCUUUUCCAAGACAAACUCUUUGUGAUAAGACCAGUUGCAACUUUUGGCUCCUUCCCUUCAAGAGGCAAAAUUAUUAAACCACUUGUCUAUGGUUUGUUUAAAGAUUGUCCAUGCUGGAAAUAAGUUGCUAAUAAUAAUAAUAAUAACAACAACAACAAUUUACAGGAGUGUGAGAUAAAGAUUCACAUUUGGAAUGUUUACAGACUCUGUAUAGGGUUUUUUUUACUCUCCACUAUUCCCUAUUGUUUCUCAGUUACUGUUUAUAAUAGUUGCAUGUUAUUUUGUGUUGCUAGAAGUCAAAUGGUAUGCUCCUUCGUAGCUGUAUUUACAUGUUACUGUGUUAAUAUAUAGAAAUAUUUCAGUUUUCCAACUGAACGCUUACUUUAAAACAGAUCAUAUGAAAAUAAUAAACCAUAAUGGAAUUAUAA